AUGGUGUUUGAAUUUAACCGCGUUUGUUUUGGUUUAAAGUCGAGCCCAUUUCAUGCGUUACGCACGGUGAAACAGCUCGCCCACGAUGAAGGUCCCUCUUACCCUAAAGCUAAGAGGGCAAUUGAGAGCGGUUUAUAUAUGGAUGAUUUUGUAUACUCGGUCGAUAGCGUGGAGGAGGCCACCCUAACCACCGCCGAGGUUAUAAAGCUCAUGAAAUCGGGUCAAUUCGAUCUUGUGAAGUGGAUUAGUAAUUCGCGUCCGGUUUUAGAUACAAUCCCACUAUCACACCGUCUUUCGGCGAUAAAGGAAUUCGACGAUUCUGAUACACACAAGGUGCUCGGUCUGUGUUGGUCACCAGAGUCCGACGUGUUUAGCCUUAAGGUAAAUCCGCCCGUAGAGAAAUGCACAAAGCGCACAAUACUGUCAUGCGUUGCUAGAUUAUGGGAUGUCAUGGGUUUCGUAGCUCCGGUGGUAUUAUACGCUAAGCUUUUGAUUAAACAACUUUGGUUAUUUGAAUGCGAUUGGGAUGAUUCGCCGCCUGACAGCAUUGUUCGGUUGUGGCAGCAUUUUAGAGAGGAACUUCCUUUACUAAGAGAAAUUAAAAUACCGCGUCAUAUAAACGUCGAUAGAAAUAGCGUCAUAACGGUCGUUGGGUUUGCAGACGCCAGCGAGAAGGCUUACGGGGGCGUUGUAUAUUUCCACGUUCAGAAUAGUGGUAGAAAUUCGAUUAGCCUCAUUAUUUCUAAGUCGAGAGUCUCCCCCCGUAAGGUUGUCUCUCUGGCGCGCUUAGAGCUUUGCGCAAUAUUAGUACUCACCAAGCUUAUUACCGCAGUUAUCAGCGCAUGUAGGGAUAGAGUUCACAUAGAAAGGAUAUUUGCCUUUUCCGACUCCACCGUCGCCUUAUGCUGGGUUCAUUCUUCACCCCACCGUUGGGAUACGUUUGUCGCGAACCGAGUGGCCAAGAUCCAAGACGAGUUAGAAACGCGGAACUUUUAUCACGUGUCCGGUACGGAAAACCCUGCCGAUUGUCUAUCCCGUGGACUCACCCCGAUGCAAAUAAUGGACCACCCGCUUUGGUUCCACGGACCUUCUUGGGUUCACUUGGAUCCCUCGCAAUGGCCAAUAACCGAUUUCGAACCUUCGUCAGUGUCACAACCGCCGGAAGAGAAGAGACACGCUCUAGUGGCGAACGUUUCGAGCGAGGUUUCUCCAAUCAUUGCUUUGGCGAACCGCUUGUCCUCUUGGUCGAAAUUAUUGCGUAGCGUAAUUUACGUUUGUCGAUUCGCGAAGCUUUUACCGCGACGUUCGUAUGUCUUAGCGUCCGAUUACAACUAUGCCGAGUCGCUAGUAUUACGUGAACUUCAACGUGCACACUUCUCUGAAGAAAUUACAAGAUUACAAUCGAAUAGAGCUUGUAGUCGCGCCUUUCAACGCCUUAAGCCAUUUUUACAGGAUGGGAUUGUAAGGGUAGGUGGACGCUUGUCCAACUCGCAGUUGAGUUUCGACCAACGGUACCCUAUAGUUUUACCGCGCAAAGACCAUAUCAUGAAUUUAUUAGUUGAUUACCAUCAUAAAUUGAAUUCGCACGCUGGCCCCGACUUGCUGAUGUCGAUCUUGCGUCAGAAUUAUUGGAUUCUUUCUGCACGUAGUUUAAUACGCAAUCGGGUGCACAGAUGUAUAGCUUGCUUUCGGGCACGCCCCAAGCCGUCAUUUCCGGAAAUGGCGGAACUUAGAUCUUGUAGAGUAAUACAAUCAGUAAAGCCCUUUACGCACACCGGGUCUGAUUUCGCUGGUCCGUUUAAGGUCACGCUCACUCGCGGGCGUGGUAUAAGAUCCACAAAGGCUUACGUCUGCAUUUUCGUAUGUCUAACUACUCGAGCGGUGCAUAUAGAACUCGUUGGUGAUCUAAGCACAGCAGGCUUUAUGGGUGCAUUUAAAAGAUUUCUAUCCCGCCGUGGCCCUGUAAGUAAAUUAUAUUCGGAUAACGGUACGAACUACGUCGGUGCAAAACGUAUUUUAUCAGAACUACAUGAGCUCUUAGCUAGCAAGUAUUAUAAUUCGGAGUUCGCUCACAUUCUAGCCGAGAACCGCAUUGAGUGGUCUCUGAACGUCCCAGCCGCGAGUCAUUUUGGGGGCAAUCGGGAGACUAAUAUUAAGAGUCUAAAGAGUCACUUAUACCGAGUAAUAGGAGAUCAAAUUUUGUCCUUCGAAGAGCUAAGUACGGUGCUCGCUCAAAUCGAAUGCGUAAUGAAUAGCCGCCCACUUUGUCGUACGUUGUCUAGUGACCCCUCGGAACCGCUGGCUCUAACUCCAGCACAUUUUUUAAAUUUAACGCCUUUAAAGUAUUUGCCCGCCGUAGAUAUGGAUGAGAACAGACUUAGCAUUUCCGCACGCCAAAAAUUAUUAGACCGGUUAGUGCAAUCGUUUUGGAAACGAUGGAGGAUGGAAUACUUGCAUACUUUGCAGUCUCGGCAAAAAUGGAACACAGCAACUGAGCCUUUAGCUGUAGGAACUGUAGUUGUGCUCACCAAAGAGAAUACGCCGCCUCUCCACUGGCCGUUAGGAAUUGUCGACGAGGUCUUUCCCGGUUCCGACGGAGUAAUUAGGGUAGCUCGCGUUAAGACCACGGUUGGGUCUUACCUGCGUCCUGUUGUCCGUUUGUGCCCCCUGCCUCUUCCAUAA